UCUCUUCAGUGAUGUCAGACGCACGCUGCGCGUUCUCAGCCUUGACCCCGUUUCAAAUCGAAUAACCACAGCAAAGGUAGUUUACUUGAUUAAAUGUAUUUUUUAAAAUAUGGUUAUAUAUAACGCUAUAUCACGUGGCUAACAAUACCGUCCCGGUUUAAGAAAAAUAUGAACCGCAAACCGAGUUGGUCAAAAACUUGUCAACAAGCAAACACAGGAAGAAAUUCGUGGACUCGGUGGGGGAAGUAUUUCCGGGGUGCCAAAGGAGUAUGACUGGAGUAUUCGACCGGAGGAUCCCGAGUGUGAAACCCGCAGACUUCCAGAGCUCCUUUCAACUCGCCACCAUGCACCAUCCGUCUCAGGAAUCUCCCACUUUACCGGAGUCCACCGCCACGGAUUCUGGCUACUACAGUCCCGCCGGUGGAGUCACCCACGGCUACUGCUCGCCCAGCUCCGCCUCGUACGGGAAGCCUCUCAAUGCCUACCAGUACCAGUACCCGGGUGUAAACGCAUCCGCUGGAAAUUACUCGACAAAACCCUACACCGACUACAGCUCGUACACGACUCCCGCCUACCACCAGUACGCCGGGACUUACAGCAGAGUGCAAGCCCAGCCGAGUCCACAAGAAAAAGAGAUCAGCGAGCCCGAGGUGCGGAUGGUGAACGGCAAGCCGAAGAAAGUGAGAAAGCCCCGGACAAUCUACUCCAGCUUCCAGCUGGCCGCCCUGCAGAGGCGGUUUCAGAACACUCAGUACCUGGCGCUGCCGGAGAGAGCCGAGCUGGCUGCCUCGCUGGGACUCACGCAAACACAGGUCAAAAUUUGGUUCCAGAACAGGAGAUCAAAAAUGAAGAAGAUCAUGAAAAACGGCGAGCUCCCACCGGAGCACAGCCCGAGCUCCAGCGACCCCAUGGCGUGCAACUCUCCACAGUCCCCGGCCGUUUGGGACACACAGGGCCCCUCCAGGCCGCACAGCCUACAGCAACAAAACAUCAACACGACGGCUUCUAACUUUUUGGAAAACUCGGCGUCAUGGUACACCUCAGCCGGCAGCUCCAUGACCUCCCACCUGCAGACCCCUAACUCGAUACAGCACUCGUUGGCUCUUGGAGCGGGGACGUUAUAUUGAAAAAACCCUGUUGUUUAUUUCCAACCUUUUUUUUUUUCUUUUUUUUUUUCUCUCCUUCUACGGGACUCGUGUUCAGAUUUCAGAGGAAUAUGCAAUGUAUUUGAUGACAGUCAUAGAAGAAACGUGUAAAAUGUGUAAAUGUGUGCAUGUAAUUUAUUGCAUUUUGGAAGACUAUUAAA